AUGACCACCGUUUCAGAAGGUUUUGCUUCCUCGUUUUGCACUUUUCAUCAAUUUUCGCAUGUUUCAGGUUCGUUUUAUUUGCGAGAAACCGGCGAGAUCCGGGAGGUGUACGAGGUGCUGCUGCUGUCCGAAUGCCCCUUCCACGUGCUCAACAUCCUCAUGCUCCUGGUUUCUCCGUUCUUUAUAUUCUCCAGCAAAACUCUUGCCAACAUUAACCUCAAAGUAAUUUUUCUAGAACACUACUCAGAACUAAUGUACACAUGCUCAGAUCAUCAUCCUGAGCUACACGCUCGCCGGUCUUCUCAUGAGCAUCUCCCGUCUUUCGUGGCUCGUCUGCGACCUGUUCUGGGUGCCCAUCGACACGAUGGAGGUGUUUAUGUACUCGCGAUUCGUGUUCCAAACGUCGAGUAAUGUCCCGCCAGUAUUGCAUCAUUCUGAUUUAACCGCAUCCUGUUUCCAGUUUCCGCCCAUCUUUUCGUCUUCUCCGCAGAACGCGCCAUCGCCACUUGGCGCUCGAAGCGCUACGAGCAGAACUCGUGCUUCCCGGCCAUCAUUCUGUGCUGUGCCCUCACUGUGAGCAUUCUUUAUUCAUCAAAAUAUCAUAUAAUUCGGUUACGUCAUUGUUUUCUGUUUUUUUCCUUUCCUCGACUAUAAUCAUUCCUAGAAUGGGGUGCUGAAUUCAAUUAUGAGUAUUCAAGUCCUGCCUACAGUAUCCCUUGCUAUUCUGUUCCACCCCUUCAUAUUUACAGUAUCCCUAUGCAUUAUUCCAACUCUACUCCAAGUACUGUUUCACCAAAGGACGGGAGAUCAAUGUGCUCAUGAUUGUCGCCUUCUCAGUCUUCUCCUUAUUGGUACUUCCUUUCUCCACAUAACUUUAUUUUAUACCACACCGCCUUCAGACCACUACCGUAGUCCUGGUCACCAACAAGAAGAAGGCGAAGCAUCGAAGAUGGAAGGGACCGAUCAGCGAAGCGUACCAGGUCAGUCGGGGUCCCCUGGAUCAUGCAUGCAAAGAUUGAUAGUGUGAGACGGGCGGGAUGAAUAUGUACAACGCAACCCAUGUGACUUCUUCUCCUCCUUCGUGUCAACAAGAUAUCUCGUUGUCAGCUGAUAAUUGAUAUUCCAAACACCGUGGAGAUCUGACCCGGACUGGUCUCCGGUAUUCGGCAAAACGUGCAAAGCACGGGCCGAAAAUCGAAAGCAAAGUCCGCUUGUGUAAACAAGAUGUUUUGGGUUUGAGUCACUUUGAAUUUGACAUUCUGCUCAGAGUACAAUUAUGAUUAUGUAGUUUCUUACAUCAUGCGGACUUGAGCGGAGCUUCCUGUGCACUUUAAGAACUGCUGAACCCAAAGCAGGGAAAACGUGCUUUCCGAGGCCCACAUCGUAAAUACUGUAGUAGAAGGGCACCCUGAUAUUGUCCAUUCCAAACGCUAUAUCUCAGCUAUGUGCCUUUCUAUUACAGUAUUUACGGCAAUCUGAGCAGAACAUGACUAACAGUUUACCUAAUAUAGAAAUACAGUAUGUUGGAAACGAAUCCCAAUUUUAUUGGUAUCUCCCGGUCAGAUAGGCCGAUCGGAACGAAAGUUUGAAGGUAGACACUCCGAACAAAAUUUGAUUAUCAUUCUCCAACAAUGUACGCAAUAUCGGAGAUCAGAUUUUACUGGGAUGAUAUCAUUCUCGAGCAUUGGAACAUUCCAAUUGCGUUGAAAGUUCGGCUUCUCUUUGUUUUCGAAAUCUCCACGUCCACCUGCGGCUUUUCUGCUUGCAAAAGCCCAAAUUCCUAAACACCUGCCAGGUGGUCUCGUGAUAAUAAUAGCGCUGAUGUGUGUGUGUGUGUGCUCGUGCGCCGUUGGCUCUUUCCCAGUGAAAUGCCAAAUUUGAUUAUGUAUACUCGGCAAACCUCUGUAACUUUUGCGCAAAGCUUACGCAAAAGUUACAGAGGUUUGCCGAGCAAAGUGAAUUGUGAUCAGAGGGUCCAACCGGAGAGAUGAGAAGAUGAAGGAAUCCCUCGAUCACGUAGCAGCGCUUUGUUGCAGCCCGACCAGACUGUACGCAAAACCUGAUCAGAAGCAUCUUAGUGAGGGCAUCCCCCGCUUCACAUGCUGUGCCCCCGGGGGAAACCCCCCAAAGACGUCUUUGUGAUGCCUCCCAGAUGUUACAGCUUUACAGUGUAAUAAGUGAAUGCAACGGGCCAAACGCUUGUUGUUCUUGAUAGGUUGAUUCUUGAAAGAAAAUCGAAUAGUAGAAGAAGAAAAAGAAGAAGAUGAAGCUUGGUGUGUAAGAGAGAAUGGUCAUGUGAAUGAACCCAUUCAAGAAAAUAAAAAAGAUCGAUCUCUGUGGAAUGUUACUGGUCACAAACCACGUCCAUCUUCAGGUCCGCGAGAACAUCCGAACCUCCCGGCUGCUCCUUCAAGUCUUCGCAAUCGGAGUCUUCUUCGUCGGCCUCGGCUGCUUCUUCCUGCUUCGAUUCUCGGCUUCUCUGACAGAUCCGUCCAAAAACUGGAGCACCAUCACGAACGGAUUCGUGUACGACAUGCUCGUCGCGGUCGGAACAUCCUGCACAACCAGCGUCUUCCUUCAGUUCCUGAUUCCAGAUCAGUUGCAGAAGAAGUUGUUCCCAUCUAUCCGUACGUCUUCUUAAAGCUCUUGUCUCAUCGUUUGUUUUGUUGUUCAGGUGCAGCAUGCAAUCAGCAGAUAGUGACACCCGCCACCAAAAAGCGCACCAAGUUCCGAAGUAUCCACGGCGGUGACGUCGAGAUCGGGGCCGGAACGGUGAGUCAAUGCAAAACACUUCCACUUCCUAGUACUACUAUCUCUGGUCCUAAACCAGUUUCGGCCUGGAACGUACCAAACCAAAGUUAACCGGGGGAAUUGAUUUCACGUGAAACGGUCGUCGGAUGGCCGGAUAGUUCAAGGUUUUUGGGUGGAAAACGAUUAGGAGAAACGAGAUUCGAUUCGAUUCAGAAUGGGGUAAUAAAAUAGUGAUUUACAGGCUGAAGAGGAGGCUAGAGUCUACUUCUCGCAGUUGUCCAUCGCUUGGAAAAAGUGA